AAUGGAGUACUGCCUGAGUACUAGUUCAUCCGGGUACUUUUGGCAUUUGCCUCACGAGUAGUAAAUCGCUUUGUCGCUGUGUUUAAGGUGUAAUUUAGUUCCGGUAGGAUGCUGUAUUGUCUAGUUUCUAGCUUCUAGCUUAAAGACUGCUGUUUAGUUUGUUUUCAUUCAGAUUUUUAGCACUUAGGCAUGGCUGUAGAUUGGCUCGGGUAUGUUUUCGCUGCACUGACAGCAACAGGAGGCAUCGUUGGUUAUAUAAAAGCAGGCAGUUUCAUGUCACUGGUAGGUGGACUAGUCUUUGGGUGUUUGGCAGCACUCGGCUCUUUCCAGGUGUCUCAGAAUCCGAAAAACAUCUUGCUUUCAUUUGGGACGUACGGAACGCUGGCAGUCCUGAUGGGAGUGAGAUUUCUGAGCUCAUGGAAAAUAAUGCCAGCUGGGUUGUUAACAGGAGCAAGUUUAUUCAUGCUUUUGAGAUUAGGACUGGGAUUGCUGUGGCCACGCAAGAAACACUCAUGAACACGUUGGGAAGGGAAAACAACAAAAAAAAAACCCAACAAACCUGCACCAGUGCAGCUGCUUGUUUCGACCGUGUUUGUUUUCAAGGGCUGAGCACUAUAAUGACGUCAUAUUCAUAUUGUGAUAAAUGAUGCCAUUUUUCUAAGAUGUUUUGUAUGAUUUUUUUUUUUAAAGUACAAACUGAUUCGAUGCAGCUGGAUUAUAAUUUUAUAUCGAAACUUUCCAAAUUUCUUUCCUUUAUAUGUUAUUUCUUUCCACUGUUCAUUUAUGAAUCCUUUUGCACAUGAAAUAAAACUAUGAUUAAAAAAAAAAAAAAAAACACUGGCUUUUUUUUUCACAGUUUUUAAAAACUUUUUGCGCAGUAUGAUUGAUUGUUUUGCUGGGUGUUUUGUGUAUUAUCAUUCUUUUAUUCCCACCCUUGACGCUCAUUAACAGAUCUACUACUACUGAACAUAUCAACGAAAUAAAAUCUACUGUUAAGGUUUUACUAAAGAAA